AUGAUUCCCCAGAUGCCCUUCCGCUUCUACGGCUCCCUCGAGGGCAGCUUCCUCACAGCCGCCGAGCCGACCACCUACGCCUACAGCCCUCGCUCCUCGGUCUACUCGUCGUCGACCACCCUGUACGACGAGCGUGGCCCCCAGAUCAUCGAACCCCACCCGCCGACACGUCGUGCCGCAAACGAAAAUAGCCAGGCAGCAUCCACCACCAGCCAGGCAGCCAGCGACACUGACUCGGACCAAGGAGAGGCGAGCAAGGCUCCCUCGGAAACAUCGUCGUCGCGCUCUUCGUCGCGUUCCUCGUCGCCCAAGAGGCCAAUGAGCGGCCACCUGUUGUCGUCCGCUCCACGCAUGAAUGCAACUCGCCUGAUGGGAUAG